AUGCGCUUUAAGGAGUCCCUGUUACAACCGAGUGCAUCCAUUUUUGAGAUGCGCUAUGCGGUGCUCUUGGCGGAACCUUACGCGCUGGAAGGGUACCGCAAUCUUGUGGAAGUGGAGAAGCUCAAGGUGGCACAACACAAGCGUGAGAAGCACUACGAUGAUUUUACGUCACCCGCUAAAUGGAUGACGAGUGAUAAUGCCCGGCUUCAGACCGUUGCAACAGACAGUGGUAAUGCGCCUGGGUCAAUGAUGCACAUGCAAACGAAUAGUCCAGGCACGUCAAAGACGGCGAUGGAGACAAGAACAGCGCUGCUCCGUCAUGUUUUGGAAAAGUCCAUUCAGGAUUAUGGAGACCGUGUUUUUGAACGCUUCUAUCGCAACAACUACUAUUAG